AACACCGCUUUUCAUGACAAGUUUCGGUGAGUAGCAUUCGUAGCUCAGGUGUCGGUAAAAUGGAGUCGGAUAUAAACUGGUCGCGGAAAUUGCUGGAGCAGCAGGAAGCUGCCGCGGUGCCGAUGAAGUUCCGGAAGGGUAUGAUGACCGGAAACGGGACUCAGAGCAAUGGAUUUACGUGGGCUAUGUGCGCGCUGUGUCUCGUGAGUAUCGCCAUUUCCGGCGUUUUGGCCUACCGCGAGUUCCGGCUUGAAGCGAGGAUCGCCAGUUUGGAGGCGCGCUGCGUUCAGAUUCUGACCCCAGUUGCAUCUCAUCGGGAACAACCGGAGCCACCCGUCUUCAGGGUGAAACGAGACGUCGCUGAGAACUGCAAUUGUCCGGCAGGUCCACCGGGUCCUCCGGGACCCCCGGGAAAGCGAGGGAAAAAGGGAAAGAAAGGUGACUCAGGGGAUGCAGGUGCGCCGGGAGUGACCGGACCGCCGGGCAAGAAUGGUUUUCCGGGGAGCAAAGGCGACAAAGGAAACCAUGGCGAUAUGGGUCCCAUCGGACUGGACGGGCCGAAAGGAGAUCCGGGCAGACCUGGUGACAAGGGGCAGAAAGGAGACCUGGGCAAUCCUGGUUUCGACGUCUUCUCGGCUGUAAAGGGAUUGGGGUUAAAGAGAUCGGUGACGACGCUGCGCGGAGGAACUCUUGGCUAUGCAGAAAUCGUCGCCCUGAAGGGACUUCAAGAUCGAGGGAUUAAUAUCUCGGCGGAGACCGUCAUUCACCUCAAAGGUGAACCGGGAGAACCAGGACCACCAGGACCUCCGGGUCCUCCAGGAUCCGAAGGAGUUCCGGGACACGAUGGACGGCAAGGAAUACCGGGCGAGGUUGGUCCUCCGGGUGAAAGGGGUGCGCCAGGACCCAUAGGUCCCAUCGGACCCACAGGACCACCAGGCCUUUCAGGACCAAAGGGUGACAGAGGCGACAAGGGCGAUCGGGGAUUAACGACGAAGCUAAACGGCGACGAGUUCCCAACGGGCAUCAUCGAGGGUCCACCUGGACCUCCUGGACCUCCCGGGGCCCAAGGCGAGAAGGGAGAAUUGGGCCCGACCGGGCCCCCCGGUCUACCCGGCGAGAAAGGCCCCCGUGGGAAACGCGGCAAGCGGGGUUUCAAGGGCGGUAAACCGGAGGUGAUUGAACGGGGUUUGCCCGGCGAACCGGGACUUCCGGGACCGAAGGGCGAGAAGGGAGAACGCGGAUACCGCGGCGAGAAGGGUGUCAAGGGCGAGACUGCCGCGCCAGGCUCCAAAGGCGAUCUUGGACCUCAAGGUCCUCCGGGAGCUGACGGACUUAACGGCGAGGCUGGAAUCCAAGGACCUCCAGGAAUGCCGGGACUCUCUGGGCCGAAGGGUGAAAAGGGUGAAUACGGUGACAUCGGGCCACCGGGUCUUAUGGGUCCCCCUGGAUUGCCUGGCCCACCGGGCUACCCAGGUCAGAAGGGUGAGAAGGGAGAGAAGGGAGAAUCGAAGUACAAAAAAUUGAGAAGAAGACAGGGUGACGGUACCUUCGAAGUUAAUGCUGGCGAAGUGAUAAUGGGCCCACCUGGGCCUCCUGGGCCAGCUGGAGUUCCCGGACUUCAGGGUCCACCUGGAAUAAAAGGAGACCGAGGCCACGACGGCGCAAAGGGUGACCCCGGCGAAAAAGGAACGAAGGGUGAUCCUGGUCCAAUGGGACUACCUGGUCCCAUGGGAUUGAGAGGAGAGUCUGGAAGACCAGGAGACACCGGUAAACCUGGAAACAUGGGGCCGGCAGGAUUAGACGGCAUGAAGGGUGCACAAGGCGAGCCUGGCACGAAGGGAGAACGUGGAGACCCAGGACUGCCUGGAACAGAUGGGAUUCCAGGUACUGAGGGACCAAAAGGUGAAAAAGGCACCACCGGCCAGGCUGGUCCACCAGGUAAGCGAGGAAGGAAAGGCGACAAAGGUGACAAAGGAGAUCAGGGUGUUCCUGGACUCGAUGCUCCGUGUCCUUUGGGAGCCGAUGGACUUCCGCUUCCUGGAUGCGGCUGGAGACCAUCCAAGGAAAUGAUGAGCACGCCAGGACCCGCGCCUGACGGUCCUGAACCAGCGGAAACGGAUUACGAGGAACCGGAAGAAGAGUACGACGAUUACCCAGACCAAAACGGGAAUAUGGCAGAGAAAUAAAUGCUCAUCACGUGACUCACAUUCCUCCCAAACUAACGUGACCUGAGAUGGAGAUCCCGAAGGCUUCACGCGAUCCUGGAUUCUUCUUCGAGGAUAUGAGCCAGGCGAGGAAGAGACCGCCAGGAUUUGAUCAUUGCUACGAAUAAGAACAAAUUUUUUUUUUCCUCUUCAAUAAACACGCAUCAUAAUUCAACAAUGAUGAAUACGUAUCCUAUAAUAAUUAUUAUUCCAUUUCUUUAACUUCUCCUAUUAAAUUUCUUUUCUUUUUUUUUCACAACGUAAAUAUAUACAUAUUAAAAGAAUAAUCAAGUCAAUAUUUAAUUAUUAAGAACAUCCUAUUCAUAAGUCUUGUAAAUAAAUGUACUUACAGUGUCUAAUAGCAGCGCCAACUAUGCGUGUACAUAAUGAUAAUAAUAGUUAUUGUAACAUAACAAUCGUAAUGACGAUGAGAAUAGCAACAUUGAAUUAUGAUGGUAAUUAUAAUAGCAAUAUCUAAAGUUAUUCAUUCAAGUUUCGCUAAAUUUGAAUGAAUAUUAAAUCGAAGAGGCUUUAACCAGCUUAUGGCCACAUUUAAAAACUCCUAUGCAUAGGUGAUGCUGAUUUGACAAUGAAAAUAAUUUAUUACAAUAAUUAUUAAUUUUUUGCAACUGAUCAUUGUACUCAUGUACAGUUUAUCAAGGAACAUUGUU